GGUUGAUCAUUAACUAUUUUCAAAUCAAUCCACGAUGAUAAAAUCUUUAACAUUUCUAUGAAAAAAAAUCAAUUGGACACUUGCCUUGCCACAAUAAUUCUUCCCUCCCUCUUCUCCAUCUAUUGCCACCGUGAAAGCAACUAAUUUUGAGAUUUGUAAAAUGAAACAAAUCUUUGAGUUUCUUCAAAAUCAGAGAGAACAAUCGUCUAGCAAUCGAGCUGUGUUCCUCUUCUCUGAUAUGGGUUCCGUUUUGAAGUUCAUAGUGUUUUUGCUUCUAUUAGCUUCUGCUUCUUCCUCUUUCAAUUCUAGCGAAGAGGGUUUCAUUUCGAUGGUUGUAUCUCAAAAGGGUCUUAACUUCAUCAAGGAUUUCUUGAUAGAGAAGGCCGUUUCCAACAUCAUUCCGCUUCAUUUGCCCGAUAUGGAGAAGACUGUCAAUAUAGUUCUUAUUGGCAAAGUUCAUUUAGUUCUUUCUGAGAUAAUCAUUGGCAGCUUCGAGGUCGAAUCCUCAGAUAUUCGGAUAGGCGAGACGGGUGUCAAUAUAAUUGUUACAAAAGCCACUGCUAAUAUGAGUAUGAAAUGGCGAUAUACAUACAACACUUGGUUGUUUGAAAUUUCUGAUGAAGGAGACGCCUCUGUACAGGUUGAUGGUAUGAAUAUAGGCCUAACUGUAAGCUUAAAUCAACAAAAUGGAACUCUUGAGCUGACUCUUUUAGAAUGCGGAUGCAAUGUCGAAGCAAUCUCCAUACAUUUGCACGGUGGAGCGUCUUGGCUUUACCAAGGGGUGGUCGAUGCUUUUGAAGGGAAAAUAGAGUCAACAGUUGAAGAUAACAUUUCCAAAAAACUAAAAGAAGGGGUAGUAAAGCUUGACUCGUCAUUGCAGUCAUUUCCACAAGAAAUUCCUAUAGCUGAUAUUGCUGCACUUAAUGUCACUUUUGUGGGGAGCCCAGUUUUAUCCUCUUCUUCCAUUGAAUUUAAAAUCAAUGGUUUAUUCAGCCCCUCUUACAAGAAAUUAGUUCCUAGCUACAACCAAGGAGAAACUGAAGAUUCCAGCUAUGGAAAAUCUCAACACGAAAAUGUUCUGAACUCUGCUUCACAAGUUCCCUUUAAAUAUCUCCAUAAUGAAACCCAAGGCUCUGUCUACUGCAAAGAUUCUGCUAAGAUGAUUGAGAUCUCUCUACAUGAACGUGUCCUCAACUCUGCUUCACAAGUUAUUUUUGAAAAAUAUAUGCACUGGAUUGUGGAUCAUAUUCCUGAUCAGCACCUUUUGAACACUGCGGCCUGGAAGUGGGUUAUUCCUCGACUCUACCAGCAGUAUCCAGAUGAUGAUAUUGUCCUAAAUAUUUCUGCCUCCUCUCCACCAAUCUUGAGACUGCGAGACAAAGAUAUCGCUGCCACCAUUCACGUUGACAUGAUAAUCAAUGUCCAAGACACCAGUGAAAUUAUUCCAGUUGCUUGUAUCUCACUGGAAAUUACUGCCUCUUUUUCUCCAAAAAUCUUGGAAAAGAAUUUGGUUGGUCAUGUUACCAUGGAAGACUUUACAUUGGCUUUGAAAUGGAGCAAGAUUGGCCAUAUCCGACUUUAUCUAAUUCAGAAGACACUGGCAAGUUUGAUCAAAACAGUUUUGGUGCCAUUUGUCGACUUGUAUCUCUUAAAUGGAAUUGCAUUGCCAAGUUUUCAUGGAUUAGCCCUUGAGGACGCUGAAAUGGUUUUCAAUUCUUCAAAGAUCAUCAUGUGUAGUGAUGUUGCCUUAAGUCAGGGAUUCAGUCACCAUCUUGUUUACUCAAGUUAAAAACAACAUUGCUUUGUGACAGGUUAGAACUUGUAAAUUAUCUCAUUCAUGUGAAUAGUAGAACCAAAAGGAGAUGAAAGAGGAAGCCUAUUUGUUUGUAAUCUCAAAAUAAGCUCAUGUACAUAUAAAAAAAAAAGAAAAAAAAAAACCCAGCCCCACUGAUCAUAUGCAACUAGGUUGAAGAAGCCUGUUCUCGUUCUCAGAGCGCUCAUCGGCUGAGAUCGACAAACUCAAUUGUAAGUGUUGAAGUUAGAUUAAAGUAUGCAAUUUAGGAUGUUGGCAAUGUCAUAGAAGUUAUGAAAUUUGAUAGUAUGACAAUUUGAAAUUAUGUUGGAUUGCUUUUGGAUGUUCUUAUAAUAAACUUUGAGGAGUUUUGACGUUUUA